AGAAGGAUUACUUAUCCUAUCCUAGGUAUUCCUUAAAGAGGUGGGGUUUCAGGUGUCUCCGGAAGGUGGUGAUUGACUCCGCUGUCCUGGCGUCGUGAGGGAGUUUGUUCCACCAUUGGGGGGCCAGAGCAGCGAACAGUUUUGACUGGGCUGAGCGGGAACUGUACUUCCUCAGUGGUAGGGAGGCGAGCAGGCCAGAGGUGGAUGAACGCAGUGCCCUUGUUUGGGUGUAGGGCCUGAUCAGAGCCUGGAGGUACUGAGGUGCCGUUCCCCUCACAGCUCCGUAGGCAAGCACCAUGGUCUUGUAGCGGAUGCGAGCUUCAACUGGAAGCCAGUGGAGAGAGCGGAGGAGCGGGGUGACGUGAGAGAACUUGGGAAGGUUGAACACCAGACGGGCUGCGGCGUUCUGGAUGAGUUGUAGGGGUUUAAUGGCACAGGCAGGGAGCCCAGCCAACAGCGAGUUGCAGUAAUCCAGACGGGAGAUGACAAGUGCCAGGAUUAGGACCUGCGCCGCUUCCUGUGUGAGGCAGGGUCGUACUCUGCGGAUGUUGUAGAGCAUGAACCUACAGGAACGGGCCACCGCCUUGAUGUUAGUUGAGAACGACAGGGUGUUGUCCAGGAUCACGCCAAGGUUCUUAGCGCUCUGGGAGGAGGACACAAUGGAGUUGUCAACCGUGAUGGCGAGAUCAUGGAACGGGCAGUCCUUCCCCGGGAGGAAGAGCAGCUCCGUCUUGCCGAGGUUCAGCUUGAGGUGGUGAUCCGUCAUCCACCCUGAUAUGUCUGCCAGACAUGCAGAGAUGCGAUUCGCCACCUGGUCAUCAGAAGGGGGAAAGGAGAAGAUUAAUUGUGUGUCGUCUGCAUAGCAAUGAUAGGAGAGACCAUGUGAGGUUAUGACAGAGCCAAGUGACUUGGUGUAUAGCGAGAAUAGGAGAGGGCCUAGAACAGAGCCCUGGGGACACCAGUGGUGAGAGCGCGUGGUGAGGAGACAGAUUCUCGCCACGCCACCUGGUAGGAGCGACCUGUCAGGUAGGACGCAAUCCAAGCGUGGGCCGCGCCGGAGAUGCCCAACUCGGAGAGGGUGGAGAGGAGGAUCUGAUGGUUCACAGUAUCGAAGGCAGCCGAUAGGUCUAGAAGAAUGAGAGCAGAGGAGAGAGAGUUAGCUUUAGCAGUGCGGAGCGUCUCCGUGAUACAGAGAAGAGCAGUCUCAGUUGAAUGACUAGUCUUGAAACCUGACUGAUUUGGAUCAAGAAGGUCAUUCUAAGAGAGAUAGCGGGAGAGCUGGCCAAGGACGGCACGUUCAAGAGUUUUGGAGAGAAAAGAAAGAUGGGCAGAGCCAGGUAACAAAAGGGGGAGGUAAAUGGUGUUCUAGAAUAGGAUAAAAAAAUAAAAUAAAAAAAUUAAAAACAUUUUUUUAGCUAAUAAACAGAACGAAUAAGAAACUGUUUUAUUAACCAAAUCUGUAUGUCCAAGAUUUUAUACACUACAGGAGAACUACAGGUGAAGUCACUCAAUCCAGUCCCAUACCAAGGCCUCCUGGUGACAGCUAGCUGAAAGAGCUACCCAGAUUCAUAUCGCACGGCGGGGGGGUAAGACAUUUUUCACUAUCGAACAAUAAACAGAGUUCGGGAGAAGAACUGGAAUUAACAGAAUUCCGGGGGCCAUCUCUCGAAUGAAGUAACCCUCCCUGUCCUGUCACACCUGUUUUUGUUCAUAGAAGUGAAGAUGUGUCUGGCUCUGGCUGUUGAUAUGUUCUCGGGGAGAGGGUGGGGCUUCACGUGUGCACUGACCGUCCUGAGCUGUUUUAUUGUGGGGACCAUGUUCCUGAUUCACCAUGAUCCCCCGGAGAGUGCCAAAGAGGAUAAUUUGACUCAUGUGCUAGAUGAGGGAAAUGGGAUGUUACCAAAGAUUCUCAAAAGGUCACUGAAACAAAACAGUAAGGAAGUGAGGGUGGAAUUGGGCAAGGAUCUCUCAGUAGAAUUUUGUGUAGACCAAUUGGGGUCAUUCACUCCUUGGUAGUCUAGAACCAUGUGACUCUAUGGGAAGUAUUUGUGUAAAGCACCGUGUAAGUCGUGGAGCCAGGUCAUAGCUCACACUGAAAGAGAUGGCUACGUAAACCCAUACACUCAAUUUGGGACCAGGUGGAGUAUAGUAAGGGUUGUCGUUUUGGACUGUGUUCCUGAGCAGAGGAAGUAUUGUAUAAAGGUGCGAAUUAACAUUAAGGCGGUCAAUACUCAGGACCUCGGGUUAUGGUAUGUGGGCUUCGACCAGUUUUCAACUGAUACUAUGGUACUGUUCCAGGUGGCAGAAGUAAGAGUAGAUAAGGAGAAUAUGAUUGGCCGAAGUUCAACCAAUCCCUCUAAAACAACGGCAAGUCCUAGUGUAAUCAUCCAGGGUAAAGGACCAGUACGAAUAGUUCAGACCAAAGACCUUAAAGAAGUUAUAGAGGUAGAGACUGGAUUUGGGGAGUCCAACUUAUGGUUGGAAUGGAUUCAAUAUACGGCCAGAUCAGUGGCUAAAGAUGAAUGUUAUGCCUAUGCAAACACAAAACCCCAGUUAACAACCAUCCCUUUCCCACUGAACGGAAUUAAUUCCCCUAAGGGAAUGGCAUGUAUGGUGAAGCUGUUCAUGAAAGCAGGGAUGCCAGAUAAUGACAGUUGUAUUGAUUUGCACUAUCUAUAUCCCCAGGUUCCCCUUAAAUCAAUACUUCCUCCCUUUACCGUGACGAGAGGAGAAUAUUACUGUUUGGCCAGAUACAGUACACAUGGGAAAUACGUGGGGGAAGUUAGGUCUUGCAAUAGGACAGAGAAUAUUACCACUGACGAGACCAUGUCUGAUUUAACAGGCUGGUUGAACUCUGGGGAUUUCAAUAUGUUGAAUGGGGCCAGGGCGGACAUCUGCUGGUUGUGCGGGGGAAUGAGUUUGUGGCCAGUAUUGCCGACUGAUUGGACUGGACUAUGUGCCUUAGUACAUUUAGGAAUGCCUUUUACACUCAUACAACACAUGAAGUUAGCCAAACGAGAGAGUAGAGAUGCUCCAUCUGGGUCUUUUAACGACAGAGUAUAUAUUGAUAACCUUAGGGUUCCACGAGGUGUGCCGGAUGAGUUCAAGGCAAGAAAUCAGAUACUAGCAGGAUUAGAGUGGUCUACUCUCAAUAAAAAUGUAGACUGGAUUAAUUAUAGUUACCAGAAGGGUUAUUAAAGGGUUUGUAGAACAGACUGAAGCAAUCAGCUGGAAGACCUGACAGAAUAGAAUUGCAUUAGAUAAAAGGAGGAAGUGGGCGUGGUAAUCAGGACGGUGUCUUACAUCCCAGGUAGCACAGCUCCGGACGAAUCAGUGCCCGAAGCCUCAGCUGGUUUGACCACCCUGGCUCACGGGUUGGCAGAAACUCUGGGGUGGAUAUUUCUCUGAAUUAAAUUGGGUUGACAGUAUUUAUGGAAAAAUGUGGUGUUAUGGGCCACUUUAACCUGUGUGACUGUGUUAGUCUUGUACGUACGUGGUUGAUUGCGUGUAUGUAUGAAAGUUAUUGUUUCCAGGACUAUAGAGAGAUCAAUGACACUACAGAUGGGGCCGUUAUGGGCCAAUUCCAGGUUCCGACCCGUGGAGGACUGAAGGCAUAUCUACAGAGGAAGUGGACGAAUCUGGAUCUGUCAUUUGUGGGGAAUUUAUGUUUGAUGAGGCUAGUGUUGAGAUGAAGGGGAAUUAGAUUGUAAUUUGUUUCCAUGAUUAAACUGUUUUUUAAUGAAGGUCGUGACGAAAAUCCGUAAGGAAGAGUUAUGAUUCUGAUGUAGGUUUAAAAACAGUUGGAGUUAAGGUUAGAUUUGAUUAAUGAUAUUUGGAGAGUUGGAUAGCGUCUGCUAAAUGACUUAAAUGUAAAUGUAAAAUAAUAAUGUUAAUUUGUUGAUUACGCGUGUGUCUAUUCAUAUGAUAAUCUGAUAAACCUCUAUAAAAAGGUUAGUUAAAUUCGUUUAUACUUAUAUUUUUUAUGAUUAAAUAAAACUAGAUGUAGAAUUGAAUGUAUAAUAUUUGAUCAAAGGGAGGAUUGAUAGAGGAAAAUAUAGUUUAGAUGAUCAAUUAUGUAUUCGUUAAUGAUUAGAAACCAUUUAUUCUAAUACUAUUAUGUUAUGAUAUGAAAAGUAAAGGUUAUUGGUUAAGCUGUUACUGAAAAUGUAAGCAGAACUAAUUUGAUUGUCUGUGCCUCUUGGGAAGGUCAAGGGGGAGAAAAAGCUUUUCAGACAAGAUAAGAAUGUUUGGGUUUUGUUCCAUUGGUGAGAGAAAUCUGUAUCUUUUAGACAGGUUGUAAUGUCUGGUUUAUGAGGGGAGUAGAAAGCAUCUCCGGACCUAAACAAAAAAACAACGGGGCUAUCGUGGGAAACUGAUGAUGUCAUUUUGAGUUUAUAACCUGUGGAAAUCUGUGUAUGGGUUAGUACUCUCUGGAAUUAAACGCUCUUUAACCUGGC